UUGUCCAGUAGAGGGAUUCAUUGGCAUGUGAGCCCCGGAGUUUUAGUGCAGUUCUGCUUGUUUAUUUAUCCAUUCCGACUACCCCUAGAUAAAUAAUAGUUCGACUAGACAUAUCUGCAAAUUGACGCUACAAAUUAGAUGUUACAAACUAGCCUACACUUCUGAAUCAUCAAAGAUUCGGACGGCAGUGUUUUUUUCGUAUGUGAGCUUCCUCAAAGUGAUUUAUCAUCCUCCAAAUUUCCGCUAAAAUUAUUGACUGUCAAUCAACAAACAACAAUUUCGCGCAGUUGACAGUAUGAAAAUCAUCGUCACCAUGUUUACCCAAAUUUGUCAGUUUUCUUUUGCAAUCAGUGGAUCAUCAUUGUUAGCUUCUAUAAUUAGUCCUCAAGGGUGCACUUUGUUGCUAUGAAUAGAAACAUAGGUGUUCAAUAAUCGUGUAAGACGGGUCAUUGAAUCAUGGAGAUUUGGUGGUUCUCGAGGGUUGUUGCUCACCAUCCCUAUGCCAUCCUGGCGGCGGUGUUUGUGCUAUCAUCAACAUGUUUAAUCGUCCCAUUGGCAACUAAUAAAUUCCCAGACUUCUCCGAUCCCCAGUUGGGUUUCGAAGCGAGAGGUACACCUCUAGCCCAACGCCUGACCGCUUGGUACAAUUUGAUGAAAGCCACCGGUGCCCGAGGGGAGCUCACGGACAAUCCCAUCGAGUACUAUAAUUACCUCUUUCAAGCAUUGAAACAGAAUUCAACCGAAUCCUUCAACCGGACCCGUACGAUCCCCGGCAUUCUCCGCAAAAAGCCCAAGAAAAAGAACAAAAAGAAGGGAAAGAAAAAGGGCAACAAUUCCACAGCCAUCGCAGACAUCGAUGACAACGAAGACAAAGACCAGUGGAACGAAUUGAUAAAACUCAAGCAGAACAAAUCACUCACUGAACACGAAAAACAUCGUCAUCUCGAUGAUGCCUUCUUCUGCAAUCUUCCCAGUUCUGCGUAUUCCCGAGUGAUCGUUGGUUCAGAUAUCGGAGGAGCUAAUUUAUGGUCUCGCAAAGGCGUCCUGGCGCAGUGUCACAUAGAUGCAACCUUGAGGGCGAAUCCCGAAUUUUUGUCUCUCUGCGAGAGAAGGUCUAUGAAUGGCCCUAAUAGCAAAGAGUGCUGUCGCAGCUGGUCACCAGCCAAUUACGUGGCAUUCCUCUCGAAUCGAACAACAUGUCUGCAAGUGACCGAGAAGGAUCUGGCGAACGUUGAGGAGCUCCUCAAGAGAUGCGCUUACUAUUACAGAAAUCGUCGAUUGGCUCCAGAUUGCGCUGAGGAUUUUAAUUGCCAGAAGCAAGUGCCACCCGAGUGCUACGCCCACAAUGCUCCAUAUCAUCUGCUGCACUACCUCCUCGAUGCUGACUUCAUUCCGCCACACGUAUCAGUGAAUAACACCAACUCAAGCCUCAAUUUGGCGAUGAUUUUCAUGCCUAUUGCUGCUAGCUCUGCAACUCUUGGUUUCUACAAAGACAUUAGCACUGUGGAAUUGUCGUACGGGAAUUUCAAGGUCCUCGGCAUGGACUUGGGACUGAAGAGCACACUGUUCGAUAGACUAUUGGUCUCAGAUUCAUUUUUACUACUCUUUGGAUUCUCCUUCGUCACGAUAUGCAUUUGGGCAUACACUGCGUCUAUGGUCCUCACCGUCUCGACGAUAUUGGCGGUGAUAUUCAGUCUUGGAAUAUCGUACGCUGUAUAUACACUGGUUUUGAAGAUUACGUUCUUCCCAUUCAUGAAUUUGUUGGCUAUCGUCGUCGCAGUUGGAAUUGGAGCUGACGAUGCUUUCAUAUACUGUAAAGUGUGGACUGAGGACAAGCAACAGAAGGUGGCAAACGGUGGUCUUACGAGUUUAGUCCAAGAGACACUGAAGCAUGCAGUUCCCUCGAUGUUAGUCACGUCACUGACGACAGCAGUCGCCUUUUUCGCCUCCAUUGUAAGCAAUGUAACGGCCAUAAACUGUUUCAGUUUGUUCUCAGGAAUGACAGUAAUCGCCAAUUUCUUUCUCAUGGUAACCUGGCUCCCAGCCAGUGUGGUAAUCUCCGAGCACUGUCGGUUUGUAAUCCUCUCUCCUGCGAACUUCCUAGUGCGUAAGAUAAUACGCCCCUUGCGCAUCUCCAUGGAGAAAGUCUCAGUGGCUUUCAGCUCGAUCACCUCCCGCAUGGUGAUAGGACUACGUUGGCUCUGGCUGUCAUCCCUCGGUGCUAUCGCCGUGGCUGCAGGUAUGGUGGUGUUCAAUUUCCCGGGGCUUCGUCUCCCAGACACCCCCAACUUUCAACUUUUCGACGCAUCCCACCCCUUUGAACAAUACGACUUGCAAUACGCCCACAAAUUUCUGUUCGAAAAAUCGGAAAUGGGAGAAAGCGCAGGAUUGCUUCCCCUGCGCUUCAUCUGGGGAAUAAAACCAGUGGAUGACGGUGACUACCUGGACCCCUCAUCCCGAGGAGGACUCGUCUGGGAUGAUACGUUUGACAUCUCGAACCAGCAAUCCCAAGUCUGGUUGGAAAAAUUUUGUCAGAAUCUUCGCGCCCAACCCUUCUACCACGAAACUCUUGGCCCUCUCCUCCCCAACUGCUUCAUUGAAUCCUUCAAGAACUGGAUGACGAGACGAUGUGAGGACGUGAUAGAUACAGGAAUUUCCAAAGCCCCUUGUUGCGAGGCGAGCAAGUACCCGUAUACUCCAUCGGUCCUGAGAAAGUGCGUUGCAGAAGCGAGUGCCGAUCUCUACAGAACCCCGAGUUAUCUCUGGCAACGAGGGGGCACCGUGGCAGGAGGGAUAAAGUACGACAAAAACUCGAUGAAACCCACCCCUCAGCAUCUGGCAGACAACAGCACUCUCCCCAUGCCUCUGCCGAAAAUAAUGGCCCUCAUAGUGGAAUACGACAGCAAUUACUCUUACAGUUUGUCAUUUGCUGAGAUGGACAGGUUCUUCAGUCAAGUCGAGGGCUGGAUGCAGAAACAGCUGGAGUCCGCACCACCAGGAAUGAAGAACGGUUGGUUCGUGAGCCGGUUGGAGUUUUACGAACUCCAGAGGACGCUCUACGAAGGCACCCUUUGGGCCAUGGGUGUUUCCAUGAUUUUAGCUCUGGUUGUGCUGGCCUUAGUCACAUUAAAUCCUCUCGUGAGUCUUUAUGCCAUCAUAGCCAUUGGUGCAGCUAUUCUAGUCUCCGUAGCUGCACUUGUUUUACUCGGGUGGAGGCUGAAUGUCCUUGAGAGUGUCGCUGUCUCCACUGCUAUUGGAUUGGCCGUGGAUUUCUCUCUGCAUUACAGCGUUUCUUAUCGAGCUUGUGAAUCAGAGAAGAGAGUCGAUCGAGUUAAGAGAGCUAUUGAACAAAUGAGCGGCCCAACUCUGAUGGCAGCUAUUACCAGUGGUGCAUCUGGUGCUCUCAUGCUUCCAUCUCAAGUGCUGGCGUAUAUUCAGAUUGGAAUUUUUUUGCUUAUCGUCAUGGGAAUUAGCUGGGUCUAUGCAACAUUCUUCCUGUGUCCUUUGCUCUCUGUCAUCGGACCAUCGCCACAUUUUGCCCAAUUCCGAUACCCCAGCAUUCAGAGAAUCCUGUCAUGCUUUAGGGGAAAUCCUAAGGAUGAUACUAGGGCGAUCGAUAGGAAGUGUAAGGUGAAUUGGCGGAGAGGCAAGGGACGGGGAAUGCUCUCAGAGCCUACGUUGAGUAAUUCCAGUACAGUCUGUCAAUUGCAUUACACUGAUAUGGAAGUGCUGGGAACGAGGAUCAAUGCGGUAGAGUCAAUGCCACCAUCUCCCUCCUCUCCGUUGCUCUGUUUGGAACCCAGCCUGAUCGAGAAUAUGAGUGCAAGGAGGAAAUGAAAUUUAUUCGACGUUUUAUUCAUGUUAAUGUCCCACCUUCUUAUUUGCCUCCUCUUGUCCCCAAUCUCGUUUUAAACAACUACUUCUCGAGAACUUAACAAAAAAAUCUCUGAGACAAUUUUCGCGAGCUUCUUCCAGUCUCUCGUGAAAUGAUUCUGACAAUGGAAAUCAUCCUAUCAUCUUAAUUUGUAUAAUUAAUAUUUUUUUAGGGCUAAUCGUCGACUAAGUGUAAUUGUGAUAGGGAUGGAUUAUGUUGUGUCAAUGCGCUUGCAUGUCAAUCGUUAUCGAUUGGGGUAUAAUAAUGGAAUUUUAUCGAUGGUAAACAGCUAUAUUAAUUGUUGAUGGUUAGCGUAAGGCUCUAACUGCUGUGAUCCGUAAAAUAAUUGUUAAGAAUAAUGACCUGGGGAUAUUCGCACAAUACUCAGUGAAUUUAUAAGCAAUGUUAUAUCGAUAAAAUGGCUGUAAUGUCAUGAAAUGGAUGAAUUAAUGUUUCUAGACUCAACAGAGAGCCUAAUGAGAUAGCGGUAUUAUUAUUCAGACUGAAGUAUUAUUAUGUUGAGGAACUGUCCUUAAUUAUUUGAUCUUAUCUACUUCGAAUGGUGACAAUAAGAAGUUUCAGAUUCCCUAAUUUUCUCCCAUGUGGUAUUUUUGUGAUUCCUGAUUCCUCUAGAUAAAUAUAUUAAUCCAUUCCAGUUAGUUAUAUCUGAUGUAUAUUUUUUUGUCGAAUGUGAUUGCAAUUUUGUAAAAAUAUUAAAGGCACCCCAAUGACAAAUUAUAGUUUUAAGAAUAAUGUCCAUGAAGUAAUUUGAUAAUACAUAAUGUUCGAUGAAUCAAGUCUAUAGUCUUAAAUUAAGGAAUUGCCAAUGGCCAUGACUGUAUUGUCUUCAAUAUUGUACUUAAUAAAUAUUGAAAUUUUUUAGUAUA